AUGAACGGCCUGGUUGAUGAUGCAGCUCUCCGAGUGUUGAGGAAGCUGGGAGAAAGUUCGCUGACGUGUGGCCAGCUUCGGCGGCUCUUCGGCAUCCUCUGCCCACAGGUUUCCCUUGAGGAUUUCCGGCUUCUGUUGCAAUGCGCAGGCCAAUCCACGGAGGAGUGGACGACAGUUGAUGUUCCGGACUUGUGUGGCUUUCUCUUCGACACGAGCCUGGCACACCAAAGCCGAGCAGUGAGUGUUGCCCAUCUUUGCCAGAGCCUGCUGCCCGCUGUGGAAGCUGCCGGCCUGAGCCGCGAAAGCAAAGUCUACGAGAUCGAGCCUGCCGUCAUUCGCCCCAAGGGACUUCGCGUGCGAUGUCUGCGUGACAACAGGAUGGGUGCGGCCUACGUGGACAGUAUUUUCGGCGCUGCCAAUGCUGGGCCAGCUUCUUUCAUGCUGAGCUACACUUGGGGCUAUCAGAUCGGCGACAUCAGCGAGACCCUGAGUGAGUUCUGCAGCUCCCGGGGCCUGCAGCUCGUGACGUAUGUCUGGAUUUGCUGUUUGUGUAUCAACCAGCACCGCGUGAAGGAGGCGCAGAGCGCCGGCGCCGUGGUCGCCUUCGAGGACUUCGAGCGCGCCUUCGGCGAGCGGGUCAGCAGCAUUGGCCACGUGAUUGCAAUGAUGUCUCCGUGGGAUGAGCCGCUCUACAUCUCGCGCGUUUGGUGUGACUUCGAGAUGUUCACUGCCAUCCAUGUGGCGCAGAGUCAGGUCACCGUGGUCAUGCCACCCAGGGAGGCGCAGGGCCUGCGAAAGGAGCUCACACAUGGCCGAGGCAUCGGCGCCGUGUGGAACACGCUCUCGAGCCUCGAUGUUGAGUGCGCCCAAGCUUCCGUGUCGCGGGAUCGCGAUCUCAUUCUUCAGCUCAUCCAGCAUGGCCCUGGCUUCCAUCAGCUCAACAUGGUUAUCGGGGAGCACCUGAAAGACUGGAUCUUGAGAUCCUGCGAAGGCCACCUGCUGCAGAGCCUGGAGCAGGGAGACUAUGAUUCCGCGGAGGCUGCAGGGAAUCUCUGCAACGAGGUGGGCAGCUUGCUGUCCGUGAUGGGCUGCCUGGGCCGCGCCGAGCACGUGCUGAAGCAGGGCAUCAGGCUGCAAGAAGAGGCUGGGGCGCUCGACAGCCCUGGCGGCGCUGAGCUGCAGUCCAGCCUUGGAGAGGUCUAUGAGAAGCAAGGAGAUCUCGAGACGGCAUCCGAGCUCUACGAGCGCGCCUGGGCCGCGUUUCAGUCCUCGGACUCGGCGUCGCGUGCGCCGCCGAGCGCGGCGGUGCUGCUGCGGCGCCGGGGCCGGCUGCGGGGGCUGCGGGGCGACGCCGCGGGGAAGCUGCGGCUCUACGCGGAGGCCCGGGAGGCGCUGGCGGCGGCGGAGGCCCUGGAGACCUCCGAAGGUGCCAUGCUGCUUUCCAGUCUGGGUGCAGCCAAGCGGCAAGAAGGAGACCUAGAGGCAGCGUUGGAGGCUUACGAGGCAGCGCUGAAGAUCCAUGAGACGCUGCGGACGUUGGAGACGCCAGAGGGGGCCACGCUAUUGUCCAACAUUGGCGUGGCCAGGCUGCGCCAGAGGAAAAAGAAGAAGGCCACCGAGGCCUUCAAUCGAGCAUUGAAGAUCCGCGAGAAGACUGGCACCCUGGAGACCUCUGCCGGGGCCACUCUUCUCACAAAUAUUGCUGAUGUCAAGGCAUUGCUGAAUGACACGGAGGCAGAGCUUCAGCUGUAUUUACAGGCGAAGGACAUCAGGCAGAGAAUCGGCACGCUGAACUCCUCCGCGGGCGCGGUGUUGCUGUCGCAUCUCGCGGGCAUCUUCGCCAAGAGGGGGGAGACUUCCACGGCCUUGGAGUGGCUGCAGCGCUCACGAGAGGCCAGGGAGCAGUCAGGCACGCUGGACACGGACGCGGGGGCGAAGCUGCUGGCGAAGACGGGGGAGCUGCUGUCGCUGGGCUCCUGGGCUGAGGCCUGCGCGGUCUGGGAGGAGGCGCUGCGGAUCCGCCGGGCCACCGAGACGCUCACUUGUGAUGCAGGAGUGAAGCUGCUGUCGCUGCUUGCUGGUGGCCGCGCGCAGCUGGGAGACUCCCAGGGCGCCCUCGAGGCGUUGCGGAGCCUGGGAGCUGUGCCCUGCACAGCUGUGGCCAGGCCUGGGAGCUGGCGAAGCAAGUUUGCCAAGCGCAGGGGGACUGGGACAUGA